AUGCGGUACUUUAUCCAUGCUUUGAGCUGUCUUACUCUGGUUCAAGCUCAACGCUCGACCCAAUACCCUGCACGAAAUCUUUGGAAUCCAUUGAGCCCGGAGGAGUUGCAAAGCAUCGCUUCUUGGUUGCGAGAGCAGCCAGAUCCAGAAUUGAACACAUCAGGACCACCAAGUGUUUCGUCGAACGGCAUUUUCUCUAUCGCAUUGCAACAUCCGAACAAAUCUGACGUUUUGGAUUUCUUGCAAAACGGCCGUCCCGCACCAUCGCGUUAUGCUCGGGCGGUUCUUGGGUAUCAAGACGCUGAGGGGCCAUAUCUUGCCGAAUUGUUGGUCGGUCCCCUUCCUAUAUCAGACAGAACGAUUAUUACUCCGCUGGAGUAUCCCUUAACUCGAAAGACAGGAGCGAAGGUCCGUGACCUUUAUGGUAUCGGCUCGAGUCUCGAAGCAUGGAAAUAUCGCAUCGGGCGAUCGGUCGCUGACGUGACAUUGUUCUUGCUGGGGGGCGUGGUGACUGGGAGUGGCAACGAUACUCUGCAGAUCAUACAAAGCAAUCCCUACGGACAAGAGAAAGACGGCCGUCUGGUGACUUGGUUCAAUUUCAAAGCCAAAAGCUCCACGGGCUUCGACUCUGGAACGCUCCUCCCAUCAGCGUUGUCAUUUCAAGCAGACAUUACAAACAGAAACUCGGAACACUGGGAGAUCCUGCAAUGGGUGUACGACGACAAAUCCUACCCAACGGCCGACGAACUACGAGAAGCAUGUUUCGCACCUGAAUUCGAGAGACUGGGUAUGAAUUUUGACGGAAAUUGGACGAGUACAGAUCAGCAAGGAGCGCCUUUACCCAUGGAACAUCUGCCACCACCUAUUAGUUCAAGCACGAUUGAGCCUCGAUACCUGUAUGAUAAAGAUCAAGGCUCGCUUUCUUGGAUGGGAUUCACUUUCUUCUUGAGCUUCAACGCAGAGACUGGGCUCGGACUGUUUGACGUUCGGUACAAGAAUACUACAGUCUUGUAUGAGCUGAGUCUACAAGAGUCAUUGGCUCACUAUGCUGGGAACGACCCUUACCAGGCCAACUUUGCUGCAUUAGACUCGACCAACGGCGUCGGCAGUUCUGCUACGCCACUUAUUGCCGACUACGAUUGCCCAGCGCAUGCCACCUAUCUGAACACGACCAUGUUCACAUAUGGCAACUUGAUCACGAGGCCUAAUUCCAUAUGCAUAUUUGAGCAAGCUGCUGAUGUGCCACUUCAGCGGCAUGCGGCUCCCCAAUAUACGACCGUGACCAGAAACAGCCAUCUGAAGAUUCGCUGGUGCAGCACAGUCGGCAAUUAUGAUUUCGUGUUUACUUACAGCUUCUCCAUGGACGGCACUGUUGAGGUUGAAGUUCAUGCGUCUGGAUCUAUCUUUGCCGCGCACUCUGCUCACAACGAGGAUUAUGGCUAUCGGAUUCAUGACCAUCUCGUGGGAUCCAUGCACGAUCACAUUUUCAAUUUCAAAGCCGAUUUUGACGUCCUUGGACGGGCGAAUACUAUUCAGCUCACAAAGGUGGCACCGGCUGUCAAGGCAUACUCCUGGUCUGGAGGAGAGCAGCGGAAUUCAAUGCGACUAGAACGGUCCAUGGUUCGAUCAGAGGAUAAUAGCAGUCUGAAUUGGGACGCUAAUGAUCAAACUAUGCUUGUGGUGCUCAACCAAGACGAAAAGAACGACUUCGGGGAGUACAGAGGCUGGAGGAUCCACAAAGGCGCUGGUGCUUCCCAUCUAACGAUCAGCGACAGCCCUGUCGUAGCAAAUGCCGUGCACUGGGCGAAACACGAUGUCCACGUCACAGCGCAGCACGACUCCGAGCCACGGUCUGCACACUUUCUCAAUGCUUUCGAUGUUUACAACCCUCCGGUGGACUUUGAAGAGUUCUUUAAUGGCGAACCGCUUGAACAAAAUGAUCUUGUCGUUUGGUUCAACCUUGGUAUGCAUCACAUUCCGACAACCUCGGACCUUCCGAACACGCUUACUUCUGUCGGCCGCUCGAGUAUUAAAUUUCUUCCGCAUGAUUUGUUCUCGGCUGGACAAAGUCGGCAGACUAUCAACAGGAUAAGGGUCAACUACGAUGGCGACCGAGUGAGUGGUAUCGAAACAUUUGGUCAGCCUGAAUCUGAGCCUGCAGCCUGUCAAAACGGGGAAAGUGCUGCUGUGUAA